CUAUAUUUAGCUGGCGGGGGGGACUGGGUGACUCAGUCUGACUGCAACACAUACAGACACACUCCUCUGGACCACAACACUCUUUACCUGCUCUCUGGUUUGUACAUGUGGUGUGUGCACCUUGGCACCGCUUGUCUUUCUUACUAAAGAUGAGUAGCAGCAUCCUGACAGACAGGUGGGACUGAACAUGGCUGUGCUGCUUGGUUUUGCAGCUGGUAUCUGUGGUCUGAUGAGAACACAGCUUGGUGAUUAGUGAAGUGGCAAUCAGAGACGCCCAUGUGUCAACUGGAAGUGCCAGAGGCCAGACUGGGCCUGAACAGUCCUGACCCGCUGGUAAGAGAGGCUUUUCUGAUGGCCCAUGACUACAUCGACUAUGUAACCAAAGGGGGGGCUGAUGGCACCAUGGGUCCUGCCCCUACAGCCUGCACCGCAGCCCUGCGCCACGCCGGGGACGAGCUCCUCACGCGCUUCCCCAUCUUCUUCAGGCGCUGGCCUCGCGUCUUUCAGGAUGUGACAGAGAACACGGCCUGCCCCAUGCUCAUGAGCAUCCUGGAUGAGCACUUCUUCCCCCCCGUCCCCGGGGGGCGACGCAGGGACCUGGCCUGGAGCGCGGUGCUGUCGGUGUAUGUGCUGGCCGGCCAGAUGGCUCUGCACUGCCAAGAGAGGGGCAUGUUGGCGGUCCUGCCCCAGCUGAAGGAAUGUGUGGGGGCAUAUGUGGACAGGGUCAUCUGCCCUGAGAUACGAGACAGGGGAGGAUGGACUGGUUUUGUAUCACGCUUUGGAGAGAAGCAGGACUUGGAGGGCCAGCUGAAGAAAGCCUGCUGGUGGACACUACUGGCACUUGCCAUAAGCAUCAUCACCUACUUCUUCAUAAAAAGAAUGGCUUAGCUAGCCAAUACUGCCACCUAGUGACUGCAGGCAGAAACUCUGCAGGAGUGGGCUGCCAUAGAAAAAGGCUGCCGUAUGUGCGACUUCUAUAGAAACAUGUCCAUGUACAUCAUUAUUGUCCACAUGCAGCAUACAGUAUUUCACAUCUAAUGUUGUGGAGGUAUUUGAGCUGCCUAAAGAAAUGUCUGCAGUUAAUCUUAUAAUUAUACAGAAAUGGUCCACACACAUCAGCAUGUUUCACAUUUUAUGUCCUGUCGGUCAAUGUACAAACUUGUGAUGUAUUUAAAUUGUUUCAGGUCACAUGCCGGUGAAAAUCGAAAGCUUACAGUGUUGUUUGUGCAGCAGGAUGUGAACUCUGACCAGGUAUUAUAAAUUAAUCGCCACUGAAGGAGUUAGCUGUGCAAAGUCUACAUGUGGUCAGUGAAAAUGACAAAGCAGAAUGAUCAGAUUUAAGGAGGUGUUUGCUGCAUUUGACCCUGUAUGUUCUGUUCAGGUUCAGUAACAAACAUCAGGCUUUACCAGUAGUUUAUUCAAGGGAAUGCAUGCUAAUGUGUAAAGGAGUCAUUUCACUGAAUCUAAAUUCCAGUAAAAGUGAUGGUAACACAGCUACACUUUAUGUACAGUGUAGUAAACUCAGAUAAAUUAAUUAUACUUGAACAUGUUUAUCAGCUAAUUUAAGCAUAUCAAUGACAAAUCAUUAAAACACAGGAGACAAACUUGAAUUAUGCUGUGGAACUUUUAUUCAGAACACAGAAAACGUGAAAAGACAAGAGGUUUACAAAUGAAAAGCUGAACAGUGGAACUUUGGAAGAACAAUUACACAAUAAAUUUAGGCCAGUUCCUCUUCGCCCUCCUCCUCAAACUCUCCCUCUUCCUCAGCAGUGGCAUCCUGGUACUGCUGGUACUCAGACACCAGGUCAUUCAUGUUGCUCUCAGCCUCAGUGAACUCCAUCUCAUCCAUACCCUCGCCAGUGUACCAGUGGAGGAAAGCUUUGCGCCUGAACAUAGCAGUGAACUGCUCUGAGAUGCGCUUGAACAGCUCCUGGAUGGCGGUGCUGUUGCCGAUGAAAGUGGCAGCCAUCUUGAGGCCACGAGGAGGAAUGUCACAGACGGCAGUCUUGACGUUGUUGGGGAUCCAUUCAACAAAGUAGCUGCUGUUCUUGUUCUGCACAUUCAGCAUCUGCUCAUCCACUUCCUUCAUGGACAUGCGGCCACGGAAGAUGGCAGCCACCGUCAGGUAGCGGCCGUGACGGGGGUCGCAGGCGGCCAUCAUGUUCUUGGCAUCGAACAUCUGCUGGGUGAGCUCUGGCACAGUGAGUGAUCUGUACUGCUGGCUGCCUCGGCUUGUGAGGGGGGCAAACCCUGGCAUGAAGAAGUGCAGACGAGGGAAUGGCACCAUGUUUACAGCCAGCUUGCGCAGGUCAGCAUUGAGCUGCCCAGGGAACCUGAGGCAGGUGGUGACGCCGCUCAUGGUUGCAGACACCAAGUGGUUGAGGUCACCGUAUGAGGGGGUUGUAAGUUUGAGGGUACGGAAACAGAUGUCGUACAGGGCCUCAUUGUCAAUGCAAUAGGUCUCAUCUGUGUUUUCGACCAGCUGGUGGACUGAUAGUGUGGCGUUGUAGGGCUCAACAACUGUGUCUGACACUUUUGGGGAAGGCACCACACUGAAGGUGUUCAUGAUGCGGUCGGGGUAUUCUUCACGGAUCUUGCUGAUAAGCAGGGUACCCAUACCGGAGCCUGUACCACCACCCAGAGAAUGUGUGAGCUGGAAGCCCUGUAGGCAGUCGCAGCUCUCAGCCUCCUUCCUCACCACAUCCAGGACAGAGUCCACCAGCUCUGCACCUUCCGUGUAGUGACCCUUGGCCCAGUUGUUGCCAGCACCACUCUGGCC